UCUGUGGUCCGAUUAAAUGCCAUCAAACUUGUAUUUGUUUGUAUACUUAUAAUCGAUAAAUUAUCGCAGAAUCAAUUAUCUCAAUUAUUUAUGUCAAUAAAUUGUUUAAAAUGGCUUCAAAAAAGAAAACUGUUACAGUGAAAAUUGAACUAGAGCCGCAACAAGAAACCGCACCACGAAAAAAGCUUAGACAUCUUAGUGUGCAUGAAAAGACCAUGGCUAUAAAUUUAUACAAAUAUGUGGAAGAAUCUUGGCCAGUAGACAAAUUUCCAUACAAGUCCGACAUAAUGGAGAAAACAGCGAGUCUGUGUGAUAUAAAUAAGAACACUAUGGCCAGACUGUUGGCUGACUAUAGAAAAUUUGGUCAUUUCAAAGACAACCACCAUUAUAAGAGAAAUACAAAGAUAUACAAUAAACUGUCCAACUUUGACAAGUCAAUGAUAAAAAAGAAAAUUUAUAAUUAUUACUUGAACGGCAAAUUGCCGCGAACUUCCUCGGUUUUCGACGAGGUGAAUUCAGAUAAAUCACUGCCAGACUUCACGCGAUCGACAUUUUAUCGCGUGUUGAAGGAAAUGGGGUAUAAAUUUAUCAGGAGACAAGGAGAGACUGUUGUCACAGACAGGGAUAAAAUUAUAAUUAUGCGUAGGAAUUAUCUGAACAAGAUCCGAAAGCACAAAGCACAAAACCAUCCCAUAUACUAUAUAGAUGAAACAUGGAUACCGGGUGCCUCAGGACGAUCAACAGUUACGUCAAAACAAACGACAACAAUUCUUGAUGAACCAAAGAGAAUAAUCAUAAUGCACACAGAUGUUGGUGGGGUCAUAGACAAUAGUAUAUACUGCUUUAACUCAAAAAUCAAAGUACUUGAUACUCGCGAGACUGCUGAUGCUGAGAACUUUGAAAAGUGGUUCGAGGAUUUACUGCCCAAGUUGCUGAAGAAUUCUGUGGUGGUGAUGAGUAAUGCAUCGCAUCAUUGCAGGCUUCACGAGAGAACACCCAACAUAUUGUGGACGAAAGAAAAUAUUACAGAUUGGAUGAGAAAAAAGGAUGUGCCAUUCGAAGAGAGUGACUUGAAAUGCGAAUUACUGAUUAAAGCCAAAGAAGCUAUAAAAAAAUACGAAGCAUACGCACUAGACGUGAUGGCUGCCAAACACAAUAUCGAAGUGUUGAGACUACCAGAGUUCCACAGCGAACUGAGCCCAAUCGAGAUAGUUUUCAAGGGAAUAAAAGCGAAAAUACCGCAAACUGACGAUUUUAGGGAAACAUAUAAAUAUUUCGACGAGAGCCUCGCCUCGAUCACGACGGAACAGUGGAGGAGUGCAGCGGAGCGUGUCAAAGAAGAAGAGGAGACACUGUAUAAACUGGACACGCUCAUGGAUCAAACGAUAGACAAUUUAUUUUUUAAUAUUAAAGAUAUAGGUGCUUACUCCGACACCGACACUGAUUCUACGAUGUCUUGUUCGGAUGCUAUCAAUUCAACGGACUUCAUGAUUAAAGAAGAAAGAGAGGUUGAUUAAUAACUUUUUUCAAGUUGUCUCGUUAUAUUUUUAUGUAAGGCUCGUAUUUCUCGAUGUGUUGUUUUAAAUGUUGUUAAUAUAUAUAUAUAUAUAUAUAUGAGAGAGAGAGAGCAAAAGUCAAAA